UCCCCGCACAUGUUCAACAAAUGGUGCUGAUUAAAGAAGAAGAAUCUGAAGAAUGGAGGCCUGGUGUGGACCCGCUGGACCCAGAGCCCCUCAACAUAAAACAGGAAGAAAAGGAACCUUGGACCUGUCUGGAAAGAGACCAACUCAAUGUGAAAGAGGAGACUGAUGUCACCAGGUUUUCCAUAACUGCAGUUCAUUUGAAAAGUGAAGAUGAUGAAGAGAAGCCUCUGUUUUCACAGAUUCAUCAGUACCAAGUGGAGGACAGAAAUCUUGCAACCAGCAGCUCAGCUGAUCAGAUGAAAGAAGCAACUAACGGAGAUAAUUGUAGAGAGGCAGAAACUAUCAGGAACCCAAAUCUAAACACUCACAAAGACGAUACCAACUCUUCAGACACUGAACUCAGUGAGGAUUAUGAAAAUGACGGGGAUGUAAGCUAUCCUGACUCUGAGAUGAAGAACUUUUCAGACUGUGGACCAAAAACUAAAGACAGUUUAAGCUGCUUCGAAUGUGGUAAACAGUAUGUCGACAACCAGUCUCUUCAGAGACAUAUGACAUGUCAUCCAGGGGUAAGGUCUUCAAACUGUUUUGUUCAUAUGAAAAGUGAUGGAGUGAAGAAAAAUGUAGAGUCACACAGAAAUGUUCAGACAGAACCAAAAUCAUUUAAAUGUGAUGACUGCACCAAAAGAUUUACCAGCAAAAAAUGUGUAAAAGCACACAUGGAAGUCCACACUGGAGACAAACCUUUUCCUUGUGAUGUUUGUGGGCAAAGAUUAAGCCGUAAGUCAAAUUUAAACUCUCACAUGAGAAUCCACACAGGAGACAAACCAUUUCCUUGUGAUGUUUGUGGACAAAAAUUUAGCCAUAAGUCAAGCGUACGCUCCCACAUGAGAAUCCACACGGGAGACAAACCAUUUCCUUGUGAUGUUUGUGGACAAAAGUUUAGUUUAAAGUGUAGUUUGAACAAACACAAGAGAAUUCACACAGGAGACAAACCUUUUCCUUGUGCAGUUUGUGGACUACGGUUUAGCCAGAAAUGUACUUUGGAUAAACACAUGAGAACCCACACAGGAGACAAACCAUUUCCUUGUGAUGUUUGUGGACAAAAAUUUGGCCAAAAAGCAAGUUUAAACUCCCACUUGAGAAUCCAUACUGGUGAGAAGCCGUUUCCUUGUGAUGUUUGUGGACAAAGGUUUAGCCGAAAAUCACAUAUAACUUCCCACAUGAGAGUCCACACAGGAGACAAACCUUUUCCUUGUGAGGUUUGUGGACAAAGGUUUAGCCAUAAGAGGAGCUUAAACUCCCACUUGCGGAUCCACACAGGAGACAAACCAUUUCCUUGUGAUAUUUGUGGACAAAGAUUUAAGGAAAAGUCAUAUUUUAACUCUCACAUGAGAAUCCACACAGGAGACAAACCAUUUCCCUGUGAUUUUUGUGGACAAGAAUUUAGGCAAAAGUCAAAUUUAAACUCUCAUAUGAGAAUCCAUACAGGAGACAAACCAUUUCCGUGUGAUGUUUGUAGGCAAAGGUUUAGCCAUAAGAAGAGUUUAAACUCUCACAUGAGAAUCCACACAGGAGACGGGUAA